UCGACCGGGUGCCGACGUCACCAUUCCAUCCGCAACGGAGAAAGACGUGUCUUACAGUGUGGAAAGCAUGUAUGUUUAUAAAGAAAGGGCUUGUAUACUUUUAUUUGCGUCGCGUCACUCGUUCGCGGGUGUAUUUCUGCAAGCAAAGACAGUUUUAUAUGAUUUAUGACCACAGGCUCUGAAUCAGCCCGACCAAGCGCUUGACGUCAGUUGUGCGUUAUGAGCGAAAUGACAGCCCAAGGCUGAACGCUCCCCAGGUAGGAAACCUUGAUGCCAAAAAACGGAAGAAGGAAGAUAAAGAAGAGCAAAGAAAUAACAGGAGCAAGCCGGUAUUUUGUGUCUUCGAGACGUCUCCAUUUAUGAACCAAAAAUGCACCUUGUAUUGGGUGGUUUACUGAGCUUCAUGUAUUCUUCAUCUUCACUUGAUGGAAGAGGGAUGGAGACACUCGCCCAUUCUGUGUGAUUCACUUUCCUGCCGCAACAAUGAGUAACCUCUUCCAGAACGCCUCUUUUUUGAACCUGGAUGUGCUGGAGGCAAAGAACAUGUCGCCUGUCCCGUCCUGGGAGAUAGAGCCGGUGCCUGUUACCAGCAUCAACCCGUGGAACGUGCUUCUGUGCGUGACAGGCACACUUAUGUCCUGCGAAAAUGCAGUGGUGAUCGCCCUGAUUGUCUACACGCCCACCUUGAGAGCACCCAUGUUUGUCCUUAUUGGGAGCCUGGCAUUCGCUGACCUCCUUGCCGGCCUGGGCCUGAUACUUAAUUUUAUAGUCACUUACAUAAUCGAUUCGGAUUUUGUCACUUUGCUGUCGGCGGGGCUCCUCAUUACGGCAUUCUCUGCAUCUGUGCUCAACAUCCUUGGCAUCACUGUGGACCGAUACUUGUCGCUAUACAAUGCAUUGACAUAUCACACCGAGCGCACGGCGGCUUUCACCUACAUCACCCUAAUACUUAUGUGGGUCAUCAGCGCCACUCUCGGCUCACUUCCGGUCCUAGGAUGGAAUUGCUUGGAGGACGAGACCACCUGCAGCAUCUGUCGACCCGUGAACAAGAACAACGCAGCAGCACUCGCUGUGUCCUUCCUACUAAUAUUUGCUCUCAUUCUGCAGCUGUACCUUCAGAUCUGCAAGAUCGCCUUCCGGCACGCCCAGCAGAUCGCGUUUCAGCGUCAGUAUAUGACUACCUCACACUCGUCUUCCACCACGAAAGGGGUCUCAACCCUCACCACCAUACUAGGCACCUUCGCCUUCUGCUGGAUCCCACUUGCAAUGUACUCGCUGGUGGCGGACGCUCAAUCCCCUGCGAUCUACACCUACGCCACAGCUCUUCCAGCUAUCUGUCACUCGUUAUUAAACCCAAUGAUAUAUGCCUUUAGGAACCCUGAUAUUCUGAGAUCUUUAAGGAUUGCUUGUUGUGGGUGCAUGCCUUACAGUUUGACCAUGCGACCCAGGACACCCAGCGAUGUGUAGCACGUCUACAUUACAGCACAAUUUAGGCAGUCGCCUGUCUGUAACUCCCAAAAGCACAUAUCAUGUAUAAUCCACCUAUUGUAAUCCACUGAAGCGAGGACACAUU